AAAGGAAAAUGGACGCCACGGACAGAGCGCGGGAUUUUAAACCUUGUUCGUCGUUUCUUACUCGCUCUCCUCCCCUCCCGAACACAAGAAAGCAGGACUACAGAGGCAUGGGGCUGUUUCUUCUUCUGUUCUUCGUCUUUAUCAAUUUGCCGGCAUUUUCAGCUGGCAAUCACGAGACCGCGCUCAGAGGAAUUGGUCUUGAAAGCCCAGUUUUGAAUAUCCAUGCAUUGCCACUUUCUGGAAAAAUAUCUACUCACGGUGGUGCUAAAGACGUGUUGAGAUGUGAACGUGUUCAUGUGUAUGGCCUCUCAAGAUUGAAACUCGGGAGUUAUGCAAAUUCAUUCCGCAUUACUUUGGCAACCUCAGCUGAAAUUCCUGAAAAGUUUCAUAGCAAGAUCCACGUUUGUUUCCACAGGAAUAAUUCACUUGGAUGGUGCCAAUGUGACAAGGCUGAAUUUAGAAGUGUCCAGAAGGGGAUCUGGAGUGCUGUCAUGUCUCCAUACGAGAAAAGAUACAUUGAUGUGAGAUUCACUGAUGAAAUACCGGGUUCUGUUGUUGCUGCUCUUGAAGAAGAUUUUCAGCAAUGGCGACUUGUGUGUCUGGCACUGGGAUUCAUACUGUUGUUGUUGGCUCCCCUUAUUAGCAGUUGGGUUCCAUUUUAUUACAGCAGUUCGAUGGCUAUAGGAGUCUUUCUUGUUAUUAUAAUCCUUCUUUUUCAGGGCAUGAAAUUGUUGCCAACUGGAAGAAAAAAUAUCUUUUACCUUGCCAUAUCUGGAUCGGUGCUUGGAGCUGGGUCUUUCCUUGUGCACCACUUCUCUGUCUUCAUAAAUUCAAUUCUUCAGAGUUUUGGGCUGAGUGAAGAGAUGCACAAUCCAGUUGCAGUUUUUGUGCUAGUGGGGAUUAUCCUGGCUGGAGCUGCAUUAGGCUAUUGGAUCGUUAGGAGAUUUGCUAUUUCAAAAGAUGGUGGUGUGGACUCUGGCGUUGCACAAUUUGUGAAAUGGGCAAUGCGCAUAUUUGGUGCCACACUUGUUUUGCAGAGCACUCUUGAUCCUCCUCUGGCAAUAGGAGCGUUGGUUUUUUGUGGAGCUUUCUGCAAACUUAUAUCUUCUUUAAGGCGUCUUUGUGGAUGGUACGAAAAUUCUGGGAAGGAGCAUUGUACAUCAUGGCAAGCUGGGCAGGUGAGAGGAGGGCGUGGUCGUGCUGAAUUCUUAAGCAAGUCAACCCCGAAUGGAAAAUUGUGGAAUAGCCCUAAAAUUCAGUCUGCAUGGUCUAAUUCUCCUGUAAAAGGCAUAGUAUCACCUUCUUAUAGGAAUGGGACGUCACCCUCAUCUUCUGGAGCACGAGUGAGAGGGGAUUACUAUUCAACUUUCCACAAGACAGGCAACAGAAAGAAGUUCACAAAGAAAGAGUGGGAUGAUUUCACGCGGGAAUCCACUAGACAAGCCCUAUCGGAAUGGGCAUCAUCUCCAGAAUUUACUGAGUGGAUCGUCGAGCAUGCGGACCGGAUACAACUCCUUCCCAGUGAAGGUUCAGACGAGACAGAGGGAAAACUAGGUGGAAGCAGUAACAAGAUCGAGUGGUAUUGUGAUAGGAAGUCAGAAUUGCUCUUGUAA